GACAGGAAAGGAUCAGCCAGAUAAUUCAAUCAAGGAAGCAGGAGAGGGAAGCUAGGAGGAAAAUGAUAUUCUUCCUGCGAUCUGAGGAGGAGCGACAAAAGAGGUUGCAGGAGGAGGAGGAAGCCCGCAAACGUGAAGAGGCAGAGAGACGGAAGAAAGAGGAAGCUGAGCGGCAAGCCAAGUUAGAUGAGAUUGCAGAAAAGCAGAGGCGACGAAUGCUAGAACUUGAAGAGAAAGAAAAACGGGAGAGAGAAGAGAUCUUGCGUAAGUCCACUGCUGUGCUGCCAAAGCGUGCUGAGCCUCCAACCUUGGGGCGUCCCGCAGAACUUGGUGGAGCUGCUCCAAUUCCUGCUGCAGCAGCUACUGCACCUACUCCUGGCCCUGGGAAAUAUGUUCCUAGGCACUUACGAGCGAAAAUGGAUGGUGCAGGCCAGGCUCCACCUCCUGAAACUGACAAGUGGGGCGGUGGAAGUAAGCCAGAUGAUCGACCAUCAUGGCGCGAUGAACGAAAGCCGUCUUCAUUUGGUAGUGGCUCGAGGACCAGUUGGCCGGCUUCUAGGCAGUGAAUGCGUUUAGUCACUUAGAGUCGUGCAGUGGCUUAUACCGGAGUCUUGCAUCCUCGGCAUUUUGGUUCAAGAAAUUCAAUUUGCUGUUUACCUUUUUUUGUGACUUUUACCUAAUGUGUAUCGGAGUUUUUAUUUAUUAUGAGCUCAAGCAUUUCUUGACUAAGAUAUUUUCUGGACGGUAUGGAGAGGCUUGAAGUUUUUGACAGGUGAUCUGAUGUUCUUUUUGUCCGCAAAUAACUACAGUUGCUAUUAUGUUCAACUUUCUUUUUCCUAGUGAAAGUGUAAGACGAUGGCCUAUAUUAUUUCCCGUUGCUUAUCA